AUGAAGUGCAUUCUUUAUCUCCUUGCUUGUUACUUGUGUGGAUUGGUUGCUGCUGCUCAACCUACCAAGUACACAAACAAGAAGAACUUGAUUUUUUUGGUUUCAGAUGGUACCGGUGCCACUUCCUUCUCCUUUGCUCGUACUACCAAACAAACUCAAGACUACUCCGACACCACUGACUACUUUAAGAAUGCUACUUACUACGAUGUGUUGUCAAUUGAUGAUUACGUUAUUGGUAACAUGAGAACUAGAUCGUCAUCCAACUUGGUCACUGACUCUGCGGCCGCGGCUACUUCUUUCUUCUGUGGUAUCAAGACUUAUAACGGUGCUAUGUCUGUUGACGACGACGGUACACCUCACGGCACUCUUUUCGAAGCCGCCAAAUUGGCUGAUUACAAGACUGGUAUUGUGUCUACCACUUUUGUUCAAGAUGCCACCAUCGGUGCUCCAGCUUCUCAUGCCUUGAGCAGAAAGUAUUACGACUUGAUUGCAUCCCAAAUGUUGGGUAUGGACCAUCCUAUGGGUCCCGUUCUUGAUGUCAUCUUGGGUUCUGGUAAGGCAUACAUGUACAACAAGAAUGUCACCGCUUACGGUGUUAAAGGUGCCAGAGCUGACGACAGAGAUAUAAUUUCUGAAGCCAUUCAUGAUGGCUGGCAAUAUGUUGGUAAUGUUACUUCCUUUGAAGAGUUAGAUGAAGGUAAAAACGUUUCAUUACCUCUUUUGGGUCUUUUCGGUGCCAAAAACUUUCCUUAUGAAAUUGACAGAAACCCUAAGGAAUACCCAUCUUUGAAGCAAAUGGCUAUCACUGCCUUGAAUUCUUUGACAGAGGCUACCAAAGACUCUGAACAAGGUUUCCUUCUUUUGAUUGAAUCUGCCCGUACUGAUCACGCUGCUCACGGUAACGAUGCUGCUACUCAUUACCACGAAUUGGCCGCCCACGAUGAAGUGUGGUCCGCUGUUGUUGACUAUGCUUCUCAAUUAGAUGACGAAACCUUGGUUGUUUCUACCUCUGAUCACGAGUGCGGUGGUUUGACUUUGGCUAAACAACUUGCUGGAGAGAAACAAGCUGUCUAUGACUGGUACCCAGAAUUCCUCUUGAAGGCUAACAACUCUGGUGAGUACUGCGGAAACUUAUACUCCAAGUACAAUGGCACUGAUAACUCUACCUACAUCAAAACCUUGUUGACCGACUAUAUGGGUGUUGCUGCUACCAACAUCACUGAUGACGAUAUCCAAAAGGUUUUGAAGGCUCCAUCUGUUGCCGUUGCUUUGGGUCAAGUUGCAUCUGACAAGGCCCAUGUUGGUUGGUCAACCACUGGUCACUCCGGUGCCGAUGUUCCUAUUUACGCCUACGCCAACAACAGAAACGCUUAUGAAGAAGCCGUUGCUAACAUUGGUGCUAACGUUGAAAACAUUGAAUUGGCUGACUUCUUUGCCUACUAUUUGGAUGUCGAUCUUUCCAAGGCCACUGAAAAGGUUGCUGACAUCAAGGUUAAGCCAUAA